AUGCUCCCUCCCUCCUCCCUUCCACCUCCCUCCCCUCUGCCUCCCCCUCCCUCCCCCCUCCCUGCCUCCCCCUCCCUCCCCCCUUCCCUCUGCCUCCCCCUCCCUCCCCCCUCCCCUCUGCCUCCCUCCCCGGUCGUCUUUGACCCUGAAGAUCCCGGAGCUGGGAGCGUGACGUUCCCAUCGCUCCUCGCAGACGGCGUUCCCAUCGCUCCUCACAGACGGCGUUCCCAUCGCUCCUCACAGACGGCGUUCCCAUCGCUCCUCACAGACAACUUUCCGAUGUGUUUGGAGUUUUACCUCCAACAGAGCUUUGGGAACGUCUGGGCGGCGUCUUCUCAUGCCGCUAGCUACAGUCUGUCCGUGCGUUAUUAG